UGUACAUUUUUGGGCGCGUUUGGCGCGUAGCAGAUUAAUUUUUUUGCUUGUAAUAAACUUUUUUCGCGUUACACACACACAUACACACACUGUAAAUAACGAGCCAAAAUAAGGCAACGCCGACAAGACAACGAUGCUGAAAAGUGAAAAUACUUGUUACCGGAUUUUUGGCCUAUGGCCGUUAGCGUUCGCCUUUUUGUUGACACUGCAGCUACUCGUCGGCACCGCAGAAGCCUUCACUAUACUCUCGCCAUUCAGCUACACCUCGUUGAGUUUUAAGAAUCUAUUAAAUUCAGUGCUAUUGGCGAGUAAUGCGAAUUUGGCUGGCGGUGGGCGAAAUCUCAAAUCAGAUGUGCUGGAGGAUGCGUCACUGAUAACGCCGAAAUUAAUACGCAAGUACGGUUACCCAUCGGAGACGCAUACCGUUGUGACAAAAGAUGGCUACAUACUGGAGAUGCAUCGCAUACCGAAACGAGGCGCGCAACCUGUGCUGCUGAUGCAUGGCAUAUUGGACACAUCGGCCACAUGGGUGCUAAUGGGGCCCAAGUCGGGGUUGGGUUACAUGCUCUCCGAUCUGGGCUAUGAUGUUUGGAUGGGCAAUGCGCGUGGCAAUCGCUAUUCGAAAAAUCACACCAGCCUCAAUAGCGAUUACCAGGAAUUCUGGGAUUUCACCUUUCACGAAAUGGGCAAAUACGAUUUGCCUGCCAACAUUGAUUACAUCCUCAGUAAAACAGGUUACGAGCAAUUGCACUACGUGGGACACUCGCAGGGCACCGCUGUCUUUUGGGUUCUCUGUUCGGAGCAGCCUGCGUAUACGCAAAAAAUUCUAUCCAUGCACGCUUUGGCGCCGAUAGCAUUCAUAUCGGACAUGAAGAGUCCACUGUUUCGUACUUUGGUUGUGUUUUUAGAUUUCCUUACGGCGGCGACACGCAUGCUGCGCAUUACUGAAUUUAUGCCCAAUACAAAGUUGUUUGUGGAUCACAGCCAGGUGGUGUGCCAUGAUAAUGCAAUGACACAGGAUGUGUGUUCGAACAUUCUAUUCUUGGUAGCCGGCUACAAUUCGGAGCAGUUAAAUAAGACAAUGCUGCCCGUCAUGCUCAGCCACACACCUUCGGGCGCAUCCAUAAAACAACUCGAGCAUUUCGGACAACUCAUGAAAUCGGGCCAUUUUCGCAAAUUCGAUCGCGGCUACUUACGCAAUCAACUCGAAUACAAUCGCAUCACACCGCCCGAUUACGAUCUGUCCAAGGUGAAGGUGCCGGUAGCGCUCUACUACUCGAUGAACGAUAUGCUGGUGUCGACAACGGGUGUCGAUCGUUUGGCACGCGAAUUGCCCAAUGUGAUUGACAAAUAUUUGGUGCCCAUGGAGAAGUUCAAUCAUUUGGACUUUUUAUGGGCGAUCGAUGUCAAGUCGCUCGUGUACAAUCGCCUUGUAAGGAAUAUUCGACGCGUGGAGAAUUAUAAGCAAAAGCAAACGCAACAAAUCAAUGCGAGCAUACAACAGUUGAGUGCACAGUUGCAGCAACAGCAAAUACAACAACAGCAACAGCUUCAACAAUUACAACAACAACAACAACAGCAGCAAGUACAAGAGCAACAUGAACAACAACAGCAACAACUGGAGGCAAAACAUCAACAAAGGAGCUCAAAUAUGCAGUCGCGCCUAAAUAUUAACUUCCAUUCGAUUUCGAAUGCGAAUUUAAAUUCGAAUACAAUUGGCAGCGCUAGUCAGCGUGUAAAUGUGAAUGUGCGCCCAUAUAGUGCGCUACAUUCUGUCUAUGCAGCGUUGCCAAAUUUCAUGCCGACGCCAGCCACUGCGACCGUGGCAAUGCCAACGCUGGCGCCGCCACCUUCAGCACCAGCACAGCCAAAUGUCGAUACGAUUUUGAUACCAAAUUUUCACACGAAUCCGCCGAUUAGCACGAAUUCGAAUGUGAAUCAAGAUUCAUCUGUGAUAAUUACGAAUAUACAUCCGGUUUAUAAGCCUGAAGGGGACGGGGUUGGCGAUGGGGGUGUACAUGAGAAUGUAAGUGCAGUUGAAGAUGUGAAUGGGAACACAGAUGCGAAUUCCAUGUCUCAUUGGUAUGUGAAUUCGAAUUCAAAUUCGAAUACCGAAGUGAAUAUGGAGGACACUACGACUGUGCCCCUGCCCGAGCAUACGACUGUGCCAGCGAAUGCUGAAGAAGUGAAUGCGUGAAACGCAAAACGAUUUCCCAUAGUUUUAACUACACCUUAGUUAUGUGUAAAUGUUUUUUAAGUUUAUUU